AGGCCAUGAACAUUUGAGCGGCAGCUCCUUCACAAGAGAAGAAGGGGAUUUUUUUAGUGUUUUCUUUCAGUUUGGAAUCUUUGGAUCGCCUAAGACGAAUUGAGGGCCGGAUCUAGAGAGGGACUCGGUGGUCCCGGGAGCAACGGGAGUCAUGGAGAAAGGCUUGAGAGGACCUCCGAGCACUCCUCAAUUAUCUGUGCAGCAAUUUGAAUCUUUGGAGGAAUUUGGUGAAGUAUAUACAGAGGUCAAACCCAAUGAAGAAAAGUUGUGAUUUGUGCUUGGAUUUGAGGCCAGUUGUGUACUGUGAAGCCGACGCUGCACGUCUUUGCCUCUCCUGCGAUGCAAAAGUCCAUUCUGCUAACCCAAUUGUCGACUCCCAUCAGCGAACCCUCUUAUGCGAUUCGUGCAAAUACCGUUCAGCCGACGAUCAGUGUUUGGAUCACCGGAUGUUUAUGUGCCGUGUAUGCGACCAGAGCCUGCACCGGCACUCUUCAAGGCCGCAUCAGAAACGGACCAUGAUCAGCAGUUAUACCGGUUGCCCGUCCGCCAAGGAAUUUGCAGCAUUUUGGGGGUUCAAACUGAAUGAGAAUCUGUCCACCAGUACUGGCAGAAAUGCGAUAUCUUCCCAUGGAGAUGGAGGUAAAUAUCAGAAAAGCUCUAGUAACAGUUUUAUUCUGGAUCAGAUUCUUGAUUUGAAAAGGCUUCAGCUGUGUGAGGAGAAUAACCCUAAUUCGCUUCUGGUAUCUGCUCAUGAUCAACAAAGUCAUGAUAAACGUUCUUUAGUGCAUCAUCACAACGGUACUACUUCAAGCCGGAAAUUCGAAUCUAAUGAAGAACUUCCAUUUUAUACAGAAUCAUUUUGGCAUUGCAGAAGUCCAGUGCAAAAUAGUCAGCUGUGGUCUCAGAAUAUGCAAGAUCUCGGCGUUUGUGAAGAACAAACUUACGAUCAUGCUGAUCUCAAUACUCCUGACGUUGAUUCGAUUUUCCGAAACUUCGAGGAGUCAUUUGGAGCUGAUCAAUAUGUACCAUAUGAGGGCCAUGCUAGAGCAAAGGAGCAGAAGUACGAUUACAAAUGCAGAGCCGCAAUUCAUGAAAGUUAUGCUGCAAAUUCAAAGGGAAGAUAAUCCAUUAUUCUCUUGGGCGGAAGUUAAGUAUUUGCUCUUACCAUUCAUAGAAGCUAUAAGAUCCAACACAUUUCUCGUUAUCUAUCUUAGUAAUGAGUAUUCCAUGAAUAAAAAAUAGGAGAUAGUGUUUGUGUUUCAUUUAUGUACUAGUAUAAUGUACACAACGUAUGAAAGGGUACGUGACAUAUUGGUUGUACAAAAUUCACUGCCUUAAUUAAGGAAUUACUUACGUCCA